UGCAAGCACAUGCUUUUCAUAUAAGUUUCUAAAUGUGAAGUACCAUAGUGGCAAGCUAUCGCACAGAAAAAUACAAAGUUUCUCUGGUCGUGUAAAUCGUAUUUCCAUCCUUUAUUAUGGCAUAUGGUUCAGCCUGGAAUUUCCAACAGUCAAGAUUGUACUUCGUCAACAAGGAAUUUCAACAUUGUUCUCAAUGAGAAAACUUAGAUGAUUGGAGAUGGUGGAUUUGCUGCUUUUAGAUAAAGUAAUAAAAUAUCGCAUCCAAUUUGCAAGCCCGCCUUUCAGACACGUUGAUUCUGCCUAUUCCCUAAUACAGUCACGUUUUAUUUUUUCUAUUCUUGUGUCCAUAUUCUUGUGAUGCAAAAACGGCUGCAUCCAUCACGAUGGUAUCAAUCUGAUUAAUCUUGUCUAAGGACUCUCCUCAUGAUUACCAUGCCAAAAACGAGAGGGAUUCUAAGCAAAUACAUCCCUCAUCUCGGAGCCUGGUCCAUUACAGGAUUUCAUUCUGGUUCGUCAUAUUCCUGAGUGGUGUAUGUCCGAUGAGACAAUUUCUUGGAAGAAGAUAGCUCUUUCUUUACUCUGAAGCUUUCACAGCCACCCCGAGAUUCCACUGUUUUCAAAGGGCGGGAUGGGGCAUCAAUUGAUCUUUCCGGUGAGCCCAGAGGAUUUCAGCUGUGGUCUAUCAUACGAGGAAAUGUUCUGGAAAAUAUCACUCACAGUACGGGGCAAGGGGGCCUCAUUCCGGGCUGUGAAGGGCGGCGUCUGUGUUGUCAAAUUACUGUAGAGGGCAACCAAUUUUAAGAUUUCGUCAAAUACCUUUGAGCAUUUAAAGAACCUUUCAAUCCCUUUCAAUCGAAGAGCCAUUGCCACUCUUCAAGUCCUCAAAUUGUCUUCAUUUUUGUAUAAGCCAUCUAUAACUUGUUUCGAAUUUCUGUAUAACUGGCCGCUUGACCAUUCGGUUGCAUUCCCUUUGUCAAAAUGAGUUCUCAAUCCCCGGUAGCAAUAGCUUCAAAUCACGUUCGCAAGCGCACGCAACCAUCGUUACAGAAUGACCAUGAAUCUAGUCGCGGCCAUUCUCAUCACAAACAUUCGAGCAAUGGCAAACACAGUCACGGCAGUAAACGUAGUGGACAGCCCACCAGUGAACCGCAAUACACAUAUCAUGAGGUCUGGUAUUGCUGUAAUUGUGGUUUGAAUGGUGACGGAGCUUUGACGGCCGCUCUGAACGCACACUGUACAUCAUGCGGACAUCAAAGAUGUGUAUAUUGCACCACCGAAUGGAUUAAAAUGCGAGUCGGAACCUAGGUCAACGGUAGCGCUUACACACCUUGACUCCUUUCUUUUCUGUUACUCAUCUGUCAUAACAUUCGGAUAUCGAAUCUUCUCUAUUUUUUGCAUAGCGCUGCGCGUUGGAUAGGAUAUCAUAUAUGAUUCACACCUGAAUUGGAUGAUCAUCUCCGUAUUUCAGGCUUCAGUUUCUUUCCUUGGAUUGUCGGAUGGGUUUGAGUCAAUGUCUGAGAAAGAAUAGAUUGAUGUGCUGAGGGAUUGCAAUUUCGGAUUUUGUUUUCCUAUUUCGGGUACCGCUUGAUGUUCACGUUCUUGAAAGGCGCUAAAUUAGUUUACAUGAGAAUUACUGUUUUAAAGAAGGGGCCUACUAUCUCCUUUGAUAUGAUAUAAGCUCAAAGUGAUGCUUACAUACACUUCAUUCAUUCAUAUAUGGUACGCGGUCAAGGCCACCUAAGCUAUUGAUUAGAUGACAUGGCCUUG